AUGUCUUGCGAUUUAACAGAUCCAGCAAUUCAAGAAGCAUAUGAGGAGAUCAUUAGUGGUCAAGAUACUAACUGGCUCAUUCUUGGUUAUCAUGACACAAGAGACAAAAUCUCCCUUUAUUCUAAAGGUACUGGAGGUCUCGAUGAACUCCGUAAUAAUCUCAGAGAAGAAGUGCUUUAUGGAUUCCUUAGAAUUGAAAAUCGAUUUGUCCUGCUGACUUAUGUUAGUGAAGCAGUAAGCGGUGUACGAAGAGCCCGCGCUUUAGUCCACGGCAGAGCCGUUGGUGCAUUGUUCAAGCAGGCACAUCAAAUUCAAAUCAAUGCUUCUACCCCAAAUGAUCUUACGGAAGCUAAUGUUCGUAACAGAUUGAAACUAGGUGAACCAUCUGAGAGACCAAAUUCUCCUCCUGGUCCAAAGCGUAGUCAAACACUUCCCAGUACACCACCGGCUGGAAGUCCAGUUCAAUCCCAAGUUCCUGUGUCACCCAUUUCACCUAAACCUGAACCAGGAAAUGAUGAAGCUCUUGAAUCUGAAAGACGUGCUGCAGAAGAUGCUGAAAGGCUAGCACGUGAAAAAGGUGAACGUGAUGCAGUAGCCCAAAGAAAAGUGGCUGAACAAGUUGCCAGAGAGGCUGCCCAAAGGAGAGCUCUCGAAGAAGCUGAAAGAAAAAAACAAGAAGCUGCAGAACAAGAAAGAAGAGAAAAAGUUGCAUCAGAAGCAAAAGCUAAGGCUGAACUUGAGCGUAAAAAUCGUGAAGAAGCCGAACGAAAACGUAAUGAAGAACUUAGGAACAGGUUUGCUGAAUUGGAAAAGAGUGGCAAG